CAGUGUUCAAACGGUGCCCACGGGACCUUGGCCGGCGGCGGCGCGGAGGGUCGGGGGAAGGGGCUAGGGGUCCCGGAAGCUCGAGCCUCCCCCCAUAGCCCUCAAGUCUCUCUCUCUCUCUCUCUCUCUCUCUCUCUCUCUCUCUCUCUCUCUCUCUCUCUCUCUCAGUGCACGUUAGGCUAUUACUUUUCAGCAAAUAAGAAUCUGGGCAAUUCCAGGCAGAACUUAAUUGCUUUCAUUUGGGGGAGCAAGCAGGAGGCAGAAGUGAGGAAGCAAGGCGAGAAAAGCCUUUUGGAGAGAGUAACACGAAUAUGAUAUUAGAAAUGGAGCUUGGGCAUCUUUCUAAUCCGUGUGUGCGUGUGAGCGCGCGUGCCCACCUCUCCGUCCGGCGCCCCCUCCGCUUGCCUGCGUAAAGCCCCUCGCGCUCUCCUGUCCGGCGGCGGCUGCACCUGGGCUCGGCCGGUGGCCUGCGAAGCAGGUUUCAGGAAGCGACCCCCACGGGGUGCGUGCUGUGAGGCCGCCGGGCAGCAGAGGCGCCUCCCCCGAGGAGCCAGCCGGGCGGCGUCCCGCGGGGAAGAUGAGCGGCACCGGCGCCAGGUCCAGCCACCUGUCCCAGCCGGUCGUGAAGAGCGUGCUGGUGUACCGCAACGGGGACCCCUUCUUCGCCGGCCGCCGCGUCGUCAUCCAUGAGAAGAAGGUGUCUAGCUUCGACGUCUUUCUGAAGGAGGUGACGGGCGGCGUUCAGGCGCCCUUUGGAGCCGUCAGGAACAUCUACACCCCGCGCACCGGGCACCGCAUCCGGAAGCUAGACCAAAUCCAGAGCGGGGGCAACUACGUGGCCGGAGGCCAGGAAGCCUUCAAGAAACUCAAUUACUUGGACAUAGGAGAAACCAAGAAAAGACCUAUGGAAGUUGUUAACACAGAGGUGAAACCGGUGAUGCACAGGAGACUCAACGUGUCGGCUCGCUUCAGAAAACCGCUGCAGGAGCCCUGCACUAUCUUCUUGAUUGCCAAUGGAGACCUCAUAAGUCCGGCUUCUCGCCUCCUCAUCCCUAGAAAAACCUUGAGUCAGUGGGAUCAUGUCCUACAAAUGGUCACGGACAAAAUAACUCUGAGGAGCGGGGCUGUCCACAGACUCUACACGUUAGAAGGAAAACUGGUUGCGAGCGGGGCCGAGUUGGAGAAUGGGCAGUUUUACGUGGCGGUCGGCAGGGAUCGGUUCAAGAAACUGCCUUACAGUGAAUUACUGUUUGACAAGUCAACAAUGAGAAGGUCUUAUGGUCAGAAGUCUUCUUCACUACCUCCUAUCGUAGGAUCCAGAAAGUCUAAAGGGAGUGGAAAUGAUCGUCAGUCCAAGUCAACAGUUGGAUCCAGCGACAACACAUCCCCUCAGCCCCCGAAGAGGAAAGGGAAAAAAGAAGAAGUGAAUUUGGAAAAACCCAAAAAAGGGAAACAAAAUGUAAAGUUAAAGAAUUCACCACAGAUAGUUCCAGACAGCGGGGAAAUUAAAAGCCAAACGCAGAAGCGCAGAGCACUUGAGGAGUCGGUGGCUUCCAUGCCUGGCCGUGGCCACCGUGGACCUCGCCCAGGGAUUGGGAUCCAGGCGCCUCUCUCCUCCACUGCUGCCGUGUGCCUUAAAGAAGCCGACCAGGAUCCCACCUGUGAACUGAGACAGGCGUGUGUUUUUGCACAAAUCACAGAAGAGAACGAAGAGGAUGGGAGAAAAAAUGAAGGCGUCUUCAAAGCUGGAGCAGAGAGGUCUGAGACACAGGGGGCAGCAGAAGUCCAAGAAGAUGAAGAUACUCAAGUCGAGAUCCCAGUUGAUCAGAGGCCAGCAGAAAUAGUAGGUGAGGAAGAAGAUGGAGAGAAAGCCAACAAGGAAGCAGAGCAGAAAGAAGAUUUUUCGGGAGUGAAUGGCCAAGUUGAAGAGGGAGGAGGUGGGGAGGCUGCAGACGCCCCCGAGGAAGUCGAGGAGGUCCCCGAUCCCGGCGAGGGGCAGGCGGGUCCCACUCGCAAUAAUGGAGGCACCGAUGAAGAAAAUGGCGAGGAGCUGGAUCAGGUUAACACGGAGCUUCAGGACACAGUGGACGAAGAAGUAAAGUCUGAAGGAGCUGGCAGUGGACAGGAUGAGGCUGACUUAGACCCUCAAAGACCACCAAGACCAGAAGUAAAAAUCACCAGUCCACAAGAAAAUGAGAACAAUGAACAAAACAAGGACUAUGCCGUCGUAGCAUAGAUCAUUUCUAAAAAGAGAGUGCAUUAUCAGAAAAAAUGAAGGGUUCUGAUACUUGAAUGAUAAGUAUAUAGUUAUUGCGGAACAUAAUGUGACAACAUGGUUGACUGCUACCUACUGAAUUUUAAGAUUAGAGGCUUAAUGGAAAGAUUAGAUGAUUUUGAGUAGCUACUAAAGGACAGUGGCUUCUUUUCAUGGGAUGUGUUUUUAAAAGUCAUUUAGAAAAAUUAAGAGGGAUAGAGGGGCAUUUGCACUGGAUGACAAUUGGCCACUUGUCUUUGUAAGCAAUGAAAAAGAGUAGGACCACACUUCUUGUAUACUUUUCCAUAAAUUUAGAAGUGAGGUUAUUAGAUGGGAGCUUAUUCUAAAGCACUUAUCUAGGAAGGCAUAGAAUUUUAAAGAAAUGAUAAUAGGAAAACCUGUACUAUUUUUUUAAAGCAAUAAACUCUUUAAUAACCACCAAUUUUAGUGUAGUUUUAGGCAGUAGAUCGAAAUGUUUCAGUGACUUGUUGACAUUCCUUCCUUCUUCCUCCUUGUCCCUGAUCCCAUCUCACAUGAAUUAAAAAGGCUAUAACCCAGUUAUGUCACCAAGCUUGGUUGGAUGGUUUAAAAAUUCUGAUUAUGUUAGAAGACUCAGUAUUGGCUAAAGAUUGAAUUCUCUCCAAAUAGUUUUUUUAACAACAACAAAAAAAAAGCCAAAAAACAAACAAACAAAAAAACCCCACAAAGCCAAACAAAAAACGCCCAAGAAAGCAUAACAGGAAAAAAGGAGGAGGCUAUAUGGGGAGUUUGUCACUGCUUGAUCUGACUUGCUUUUUGGAUUAGGAUUUCUAUUUUUAAUUAUUUCUAUUAGGAUUAGCUUUGUCAUAUUUUUGCCCCAAGGGGUAUUAGCAAGUGUCUAUUUUAAUGGCCAGUUAUAUUUAGACUUUCAAGCAGCUUCCUCCCUAUAUAAUUAGAAGACAUGUGAUAGAAAUUGUUGAAAAAUGUUUAAAUUGUCAUCAUGAAACCAGUUCCUUAUUAGAAUUUUGUGGACUAAUUAAAUCAACUUGCAAUGACCUUGCUGGGUGUAUAUGGGGAGAAAGACAAUUGUAUUAGUUUUCUUAAUUUUUAGGAGAUCACAGAUCUUCCUUAAAUAUAAAAAUAAUAUAUUUUGCUCACGUGAAAGACUAUUUUCAUUAGUUAUGUAGAUGUUAUAUAUUUGAAAUGUAAACUUCUAGUGCUUUCAUAGGAUUCAUUAUUAAUCUUAGGUUUAAAAGAUUUUCUUCCUCUCCAGAUUUCCUAACCAAUCAUUUAGAAUAAAAGUAGUUGUAUCAAGCACUUCAGAAUACUACAGAAAAUGAAUGUAUUUUUCCUAGAAGCUAUUUUAAUAUUUUCUACAAGUAGGAAGCAUAAGCAGAGACUGUAAUGUAACAGUAUUGGAAAGAGAGAGUGAUAUAAGGGCAUAUUAAUCUGAGAAGAUGAAUUGUAAAUGGGGGUUCUGUAUUUCUGGUAUAAAAUGUAGAUUGCACUUUUUA